CGACUAGUAGUCCCUUCACUGACCACCACCCCUCCCUAAAUUGAAAUGCAAACACUAGGUUCCAUUGCCCAGGAGCUAUCCGUCCCAUCCUUGGCUUUCCUAUACUAUGGUACAUACAUACACCGCUCGUUCUCCCGGCCACGACCUAACAUCCCAGAUAAAGAGCAUGUCUCUCCCGAUCCGCAGACUUCUCUCAUCAUGUCCGCAUUUCUUGACAAAACAGCCCAGUGUGCACCUGCCAGAAAAAUUGAGGGGGCUGGAAGACAAACAUGAAAAAAAAAGCAUCAUAUCAAAAGAAAAAAAAAAAAAACAAAGGAACAAAAAAGAAAACACGGUCGCAGCAGAAGUAGGAGAUAGACAGUAUAUCGGUGAAGAGAAACUCGGACAUCAAACCAAAAAAAAAAAAUCCUUAUAGUAAAUACACACAGAGAUGAACAGCUCAGGCGCCCAUGCACAUACCAGAGCCGAUCAGGCGAAGAUGAGCUUUCGCCUGCAACUCUUCAACCA